GCCCGCGGUCCAUGGACCGGAACCCCGGGCCGACGGGCAGGAACCCCGGCCUCGAUCGUCGCCUCCCCGCCCCAGGCUCCUCCUCCUCGCUCCCCGCCACCUCCUCCAGGCGUCCGCAGGCCGCGCACUGUCGCCGCCGGGCUCGCGAAGCUGCCCUGGGAGGCUGGGUGGCAGGUUCCCGGUUGUCGCGGGACUGAGGCCUACUCCGCCACCUCUCAGUGCUAUUGUCCCUGGGCCCGGCCCUGACCGGGUUCACUGGACAGGCGAGUGCCCCGGCUCCGCGGAAGAUGCCGGACCAAGCCCUACAGCAGAUGCUGGACAGAAGUUGCUGGGUGUGUUUUGCCACUGAUGAAGAUGAUAGAACUGCUGAAUGGGUUAGACCAUGCAGGUGCAGAGGAUCUACAAAAUGGGUGCACCAGGCUUGUCUGCAGCGCUGGGUGGAUGAAAAACAAAGAGGAAACAGCACCGCCAGAGUGGCAUGUCCUCAGUGCAAUGCUGAAUACUUAAUAGUUUUUCCAAAGUUGGGUCCAGUUGUAUACGUCUUGGAUCUUGCAGAUAGACUGAUCUCAAAAGCCUGUCCAUUUGCUGCAGCGGGAAUAAUGGUUGGCUCUAUCUAUUGGACAGCUGUGACUUACGGAGCAGUGACAGUGAUGCAGGUUGUAGGCCAUAAAGAAGGUUUGGAUGUUAUGGAGAGAGCCGAUCCUUUAUUCCUUUUAAUUGGACUUCCUACUAUUCCUGUCAUGCUGAUAUUAGGCAAGAUGAUUCGCUGGGAGGACUACGUGCUUAGACUAUGGCGCAAAUACUCAAAUAAACUACAAAUUUUGAACAGUAUAUUCCCAGGGAUUGGUUGCCCUGUUCCUCGAAUUCCUGCUGAGGCCAAUCCUUUAGCAGAUCACGUGUCUGCCACCCGAAUUUUGUGUGGAGCCCUUGUCUUUCCUACUAUUGCGACAAUAGUUGGUAAACUGAUGUUUAGUAGUGUUAACUCUAAUUUACAAAGGACAAUCUUGGGUGGAAUUGCUUUUGUUGCCAUAAAAGGAGCAUUCAAAGUUUACUUCAAACAGCAGCAAUAUUUACGUCAGGCACACCGCAAAAUUCUAAAUUAUCCGGAACAAGAAGAAGCAUAAAACUGUGACAUGUAGUUGUUCCACAGUCCUCUCAUCCUUAUGAGUCUGUUGUGUUGUUUUGAUUCCAUCAUUAAUGCACAGUAGUGAAGACUUGUGAUAAGCUGCUGCUCUCGUAUUUUUAAGAAAUAUAAUAAAGAAAGCACUUAGGGCUGGGGAAGUCCUCUCAGUAAUCACGGAACCUAAGGAUGUGAUUCGAUCUCAUUACUCUGUAUGUACUACUUUUAUGGCAGUCAUCUGAACCAUUAUCUUAGCAUGGUAAAUCUGGGCUUUGUUCAUAUUUUCUUCAGACAGAAAUAUAAAAAUCAACCUGUGCAAAUAUUGAAAAAUGCACAUGCCUUUUUUGUACAUGUUCAUGUUGAGUGUUUCCUUAGAAUCAGCAAUUCAAUGAAGGUACUAUGAGGAUUUUUCUCACUGGCAUAAUUUGAUUACAUGUUAUACAAGAGUACAUGUAACAUGAAAUGUAAAUUAAAUUAGUUAUAAAUAGCAAACCAAAAAUGUAUGUAAACAUUCAAAUGAUAAUCUGAACAAAUGCAAUUCUGUUGUUUUUCUUAACCCAUGUGAUAUCCUCCAAAAUGUGUAGGGUAAGAAUUCACAGGGCUUCCAGAUCACUUUUUCACUAUUAAAAUUUAUUUAUAUAAUGUUGACAUCUCAUAGUUCAUAAUGUAAUUUUGACUCGUGCAGUCUUAAUUACUGUGUGUGUGUGUGUGUGUGUGAAAGAGAGAGAGAGAGAGAGAGACGCGGAGACAUCAGGUCCUUCCAUCACUGGAGUAAAAUUUUAAAUCCAUAUUUCUAGAAAUUAGAGCUGCCAGAUUAUAGUAGCUUGAGCACAGAGAAUGGUUUGUGAAAAAAUAAAGUUAUUUUACUCUUCUUUUUCAUCGAUUCAGUUAUUCAGGUAUAUGCCGAUCACUUGUUGGCCCAGGCACUGUGCCAGCAGGUGGUGUAGUGGCGAGCAAGACAGACUUGGUUGCUGGGUUUUCAUAUAGCUUACAGUCUAGUUUCAACAGAGAGAAAACCAACAGUGGUGAACCAAGGUGAGGCCUUGAGCUCUUUGUUUUCAUACCAAUCGGUGAGGAGAUAAUUAUGAAAAUAAGUCUUGAGUAAAUAUUGAGGUCAUUGUUUUUGGCUUAAGUAAAUUUAUUAUUAAAAACCCCAAUACUAAUAUUUUUAGAUUUUAAUUGCUUGUCAUAUUGAUGAGGGUAGUAUCUUAGUCACUGUUUAACUAGUUUUAUAUUCAUUUUUCAAAAGCAAUUAAUGUAUUCCAAGCCAUUUUCAAUAGUAAGCCUUUUAAUGUUGCUCAGCAAUCUGAGUGGUCUUGCAGUUAUUUUCAUUAAUUAAAAUAAAAUUUUAAAAAGUUACUUCCAAAAAUUUUAUUUUCUUGUUUACAGUAUCUUAAUGCAUGACAGUAAUAAACAUUUUCCCUUACUGAUAAGUGGCCACUUCUCUUUAGGAGUGUAGCAAACAUAGAUUGAGCUAGAUUGAGCUAUGUUAGAUUGUAACAGUGUAUGUUAGCUUUAGUAAUUUAAGACUGGUAUUUCUUUAUAGCAUGAAUGUGUUAAUUUUGAGUUAUAACAUGAUGUGAAUGGCUGUUGAACAUUCAAAGUUGUAAUUAUUUGGGGAGGAAGGGAAUAUUUGACUGACAGUGGGCCUUAUUAAGAACAUUGCUGCAGUGCUGAAGGGGAAAUAAAAAUCUAUGAUUAUAUUUAAAAAUAACUUAGAUUAUAUAGCUGUAAUUAUAAAAUAUAUUGGCUUUCAUUUUUAAGAUGAAAAGACACUAGACAUUUCCUGCAUAAUUUUGUUAUAUAGAACAGCUUUUAGGCAGCUUUUACUAAGGGUAUGUAAGCACACAGUUCCCCAUUUACUACGUUAAUGCCCAAGAUGGGGGAGUAGCUGCUUGGAUUUAUUAGCAUCAGGGCUUAUGAGGGCCCCAGAAACAACUCUAAGCCUUUGGGGUCAGGGGAGCAGGGUUUCUAGGGCUGUAGGGAGUGGAUUGCAAGUGCCUCGGGACCAAGAGUGACCUCCAGCCUUGGAAUUGAACACUUAAAUCUAAAGAGCCUUGUUAGCUCCAGAAGUACCAUGUCCCAGUCUCUUUAGAGAGUUGGCCUGCACCGCCAUGAAGCAACAAAAGGGCAUGAGCUGGGUGGACCUGGCUUCGGAUGCAAUUCUGCUUUUAAUAACUUGACCUUGACCAAGUGACUAACUUCCUCUCUGCUACAGUUUUCUUCAUCUCUGAAAUGCAAGUAAUACUUAAUCUCAAGAUAUUUCUAGGAUUAACUGAGAAAGGAACAGAGGCACUUUGGGCUCGAAAUAGCCCCUACAGAGCAGUAGUUGUUUCUUAAUUGCUAAAUAGUCUGCUCACAACUCUAGGAAUGGGGAAUGAAGAAAAUAAAGACACUAGGGUAUAGAUUAAAGGGUUGCUGGAGACUUUGGGGGUGGGUGGGUAUAUUUCAUGUUUUUCAGUUUAUUUUCACAUUGUGUUAUUUCUAUAAACUAAUGUUUUAAACCUCUUUAUGAAAUUCAGUGACAACUGGUCGAAUUCCCUUUGCAGAAGUUAACUUAUCUCCCAAGUGGCUGAAAAUAUUGUUCAUCAUUACAUAAAUAUCAAAUUAAUAUGAAUAUAAAGUUAAGCUUAGUGACUUAUUUAGUCACUACCUUGCUAACCAUGCUGUAAUUUUUUAAAACGUCUUGUUUUUAAUAUAGCAGAUUAUCUCAAUAUUGGAUGGAUUAGGUUAAAUAAAGAAUUUUUAUGUUCUCUAGGUGUACUUUGUUUGUUGAACAACUGCCAAAACAUAAUUUAUUAAUUCCAUACCUACGUAAUCCUUUUUGAAUCAUAGUUAUGUAGAUAGUAGGUAGGUUUUUUAAGUAAAAAUAAUGAAUUUUUUUAAAUUCUAGGGAAAUUUUUCUUAAUUUUUUAAUUAGGCUAUCUUAAAUUUUAAGUGUGUGUGUGGGGGGUUUGUUUGUUUGUUUUGUUUUUUUGUUUUUAACGUAUCCCCUUUCACCUACCCUCAGAGCCACUUGGACUACAAUUAGACAAGCAACUAGACAAAAUCUGAGUGGUCUCAUGCUGUGGAGUAUCUUAAAGUAUAUUCAAGUGAAUUGGAAACACAUUUCUUAAACAAAAAGCUUGUUUCCUCUUGAGAUACUAAGAACUAAAGUUUCAUUCUAGAAAGUAAGAAUCUUCUAGAAUGAGGACAUCAAAUAAAGGCCCUUCCAUCCAUGGGGAUUGUGUCCAGAUUAUUUCAUUACCCUGAUCUGAAAGAUGGACUACGAGCAGAGGAAAAACAGCAUAGUUGGACGGUCCUGUGUGCAUGUUCUAGCUAAUACUUUAAAUUAGUUGUAGACAAAUCCUCAGUUUCCUCAUCAAAAUGAAGAUUAUAAAACCUACCUCCUGGAUUACUGUGUGGUAGCAAAAACUAAGUAAAUCUGUGCUAGUUUAAGCAGAGGUUUGUUUGCCUAUAAUCUUUUUUUGGUCCCCUGGGGUCUUGAGAUUACAUGUUCUUUGCUACCUGCUACCACUGGAAAUGGUGGGGUGAGGAAUGGUCUUGUUAACUUCCUGGAAAAGUGUCCUGAACAAGGGAAGAGAGGGAGGGUUUGCAGCUGAGUGGUUGUAGGAGCCUAGGGCAAAGGACAGAGGCCAGCUAGGUUAUCAUUCUGGUCCACCCCGUGUGGACCUCAGCAUCUUACUGGCAAUCACCUGUCAUGGUUCCUAUUUGCCAACAAUAUACUACUGUUCAGAUUUGAGCACUUGAGGUAAAAUGGGGAAAUAAGCUUGCUUUGAAAGGUUUAGUCUUAACAUAAGCAGAUCUUAGUCUCACAGUGAUAUUACCACCACAAGAAUGUGAGAUCCAUAAGGGUAGGAAUUUUUUUUUCUUUUUACUGUAUUCCACAAAUUAACCAAAUUCAUGAGCCAUCUCAGAAUACUUUGAGCCUGUAGAAGAUGUGCCCUGCUUAAAUAGGGACUGUCUCUAGUUUAAAAUUAGCAGAGAACUAUUAUGGGAACUGAGAGGUAAUAUAUCUUUACGAUCUUUUAAUAGUACAUUUAUCAGUAUCCAAAUGUUUCUGUAUCACUUCAGAUAAUUGUACGCCAAAAAUGAGAGGCAAAAGUGCACAGUUUUUAAGUAUGAAUCUUGAUGGAUUUUUGCUUAAUGAUCAGAUCACAUCAGUCAGGAGAAAGAAAUCACAUGAGUUAUGUGAACAGGGAAAAGUCAUGUAAGAAAUAGUUGACUGGUAGGAACUAAAUACUAAAAGGAGCAAAAGAGAUUUUUAAAGAAAAGUUGAGGCAAUGAAAGCAGCUGUCACCAAAGGGCUGAGGGAGAGUAAGACAAUACAGCAACAAAGGACUAAGAAGACAUCUUUCUCUGGCGCUGAGACUCAGAUCCCUUUAAAAAGGUGCGGCCUCCGCUGGUACUGUGAGGAGUGACAGAGGAACUUGACUGAGGGCAGGCUGGAGCUGGUCUGCAGAAGCCAAUCUGGUCGGGAGCCUGAGGGUACAAUUAGAUGUCACACAGGCUUCGGGGUCUCUGUGUGAAAUGGUCACAGCAGAGGCUGGAACCUGGAAGGGAGGAAGGUGCCUUCCUGACACAAUAGCCUUGCAGUGUCACUGCCGUGCCCUCUGUUGAAAAAGCCUGUGCUCCAAAGGAAAAAGGUCCACAGGGUCCAGUUCAGUGUCACAAAGCUGGGCAGAGAAGGGUGGGUUUGGAGCUGACAGUUGUCACAUGUAACCAGCGCCCUUCUCUGUGACCCAUCCUAGUCAGUCUGACACCCCUACUCCACCUCCAGCAAAAGGAAACAAUCUUAGCCUCUUUUCAGUUAAUAACUUGGAAAGUAUUUGACAGUCAUUUAACCCUGAUAUUUUUGAUUCACAGAAAGGGCCAUAAUGAUUUAAUGCAAUGCAUACAGGAUGAUAAAUGGGUCAUUUUCAUAUAUUCUGAUUGGGCUGUAAAUUUAUAUGGAGGGCAAUUAGAUAAUAUCUGUUAAAACUAUUAGUGCCUGAACCCUUUGCAUCAGCAGUUCUAAUGUCAGGAAUUUACCUUAUAUAUUUGCUCUUGAGUACAGCAACAUGUCUAUAAAAUUACUUGUAGCAGUGUAUGUAAAAAGAAAUUGGAAUCAACCUAAAUGUCUGUCAGUAGGGAAUUGGCUAAAUAAAUAUGGUACCUUCAUAAUGGAAUAAUAUUCAGCUAUAAACAAUGAAAGCUGUUUACAUACUGAUAUAAACAUUUUUCAUGUAUAUUGUUAAAAGGAAGAAAUAAAGAUGUAGUCUGUGUAUCACGAAUGGAAAAUGGGGGUUGGGGAGUUAUCUAUUUGUUUAUGCCUUUUAAAAAUCUCUGGAAAGAUACAUAAGAAAACUGUAGUUACCUAUAGGAGGUUUGGGAACUGGGAGGAUGGAGGUUGGGUGUGGGGAGACUCUUGACUGUUGCCUUUUAUACUUUUUUCUUUAACUAUGUAGAUACAUUAUUUUUAAAGUAAUUAAAAACUAAAAUUUUCCCACUGAGGGCAGAACUGAAAAUCAAAUAGGAAUUUUUAUUUUUUUAAGAUGAUAACAGUGGAACUGUGUAUGACAAUAAUUUCUCCUUUCUAAAGACCAAUGUGACUUUUUAAAAAUAAUUUUGCAUCUCCUUCAAUCAUAUCUUCUAGCAGGUAUUCAAUAAAUGCUUAUUGAACUGAA